AUGGCGGCGCAGGGGCCUGGCGGCCGCUGUGCCCCGGCGCUGCCGCUGCUGCUUGGCCUGGCCGCGCUCGCCCUCCCGCCGUCGCUCGCCGCCGCCUCCGAGCCGCCGCCCGCCGCCCUCCGCGCUGGCCACGCCGCCUCCUCGCUGCCCGCCGCCGCUGCCGCCUCGCGCACCAGAUACCUUUUAUAUGAUGUAAACCCCCCUGAAGGGUUCAACCUUCGCAGAGAUGUCUACAUUCGCAUUGCUUCCCUCCUAAAGACCCUGCGGAAAAGUGAAAACUGGGUGUUGGUUCUGCCUCCCUGGGGACGUCUUUAUCACUGGCAGAGCCCUGAUAUCCUCCAGGUCCGGAUCGCUUGGUCCGAGUUCUUUGAUAUCCCAAGCCUCAACAAGAACAUCCCUGUCAUCGAAUAUGAGCAGUUCCUUGCAGAGUCAGGUGGGCCCUUUAUUGAACAGGUUUAUGUGCUACAAGGCUAUGCAGAAGGGUGGAAAGAAGGAACAUGGGAAGAAAAAAUAGAUGAAAAACCAUGCAUUGAUCAGCUGAUGUACUCCAAAGACAAACAUGGUUACUACAGGGGCUGGUUCUGGGGUUAUGAGGAAACACGAGGCCUAAAUGCCUCUUGCUUGUCUGUCCAAGGAUCUGCCUCUAUUGUGGCUCCCAUGCUUCUGAAGAACACUUCAGCACAGUCAGUGAUGUUAGACAGAGCUGAAAACCUUCUUCAUGACCACUACGGAGGGAAAGAUUAUUGGAAUACCCGUCGGAGCAUGGUGUUUGCUAAACACCUCCGUGUAGUGGGAGACAAGUUUAGGAAGAAAUACCUUCAAUCCACUGAUGAGGCAGACAGGACUCAGUACAAGGAGGACUGGACACAGAUGAAGGUUAAGACAGGCACAGCUCUAGGUGGCCCAUACCUUGGGGUUCAUCUCAGAAGGAGAGACUUCAUUUGGGGUCACAGAGAAGACGUGCCUUCCCUGCAAGGAGCAGUAAAGAAAAUCCAUAGCCUCUUGGAGACGCUUAAACUUGAAAAAGUUUUUGUCGCCACUGAUGCUGUUGAGGAAGAGAUUGAACUGCUCAAGAAACUGCUGCCUGAGAUGGUGAGGUUUGAACCCUCUCUGGAGGAGCUGAAACUCUAUAAGGAUGGGGGCUUAGCUGUGAUUGACCAGUGGAUUUGUGCACAUGCAAGAUAUUUUAUAGGCACCUCAGUUUCAACAUUUUCUUUCCGAAUCCAUGAGGAAAGGGAGAUCUUGGGAUUUGAUCCAAAAACAACUUACAACCGAUUUUGUGGUGAAACAGAAAAAAACUGUGAGCAGCCAGCUCACUGGAAAAUUGUAUAUUAAACACAGAGAAACACAAAGGUUUUGAUCCUGUUAGAGUUCAAAAUUUUUGAGGAAAAAUCAUGGGGAAUUACAUGCUUUGGAUCGAUGUAUGACCCAGUCCUGUAUUCUCAGUUCCCGCUCCCCUUCCAGCGUGGGUGUGCCAUGGGGUAGCUGUACUGCUCAGUGUCUCUGGACCUCACAGCAUGUCUGUGUGGCUGCUGCACCUGGGUCCCCAGUAUGUCCUGUGCUUGCUGCCACGUGGUCCCACAUGCACCAAAUGGGUUGCUACCGACCACAGGGGCCUCUUGGCUGCAGAGCUCUGAUGGGAAGCAGCAAAACGAUGCCCAGGAUGCGGCAGUUCAACGCAGCCUCGCCUGCUGGAGCAUUUCUUACCUGUGUCUAUGGUUCUCUCUGUGGGUCUGUGGUCAUUUUUUAACUGCAGGGCUGGGGGUCCUGGCCAUGUCACCAGGAGUGCUCACCCUGGGAGCACUAGUCUCAACCCAGGGAGGAACCAAGCUGCCACUGGAAUAAAAGUGGGGGGAGCUGCUCCCACUCUAAGGGCCUGCAAGGCCCAUCUCUUGGGGAUUCAUCUUUCAUGUGAAGACACAUUGCCUCACAUGGUGAGGCAUUUCUUCACAUGGUGAAGAAAGAGGCUGGUACCUGGUGGAGCAGGGCCAAGAUUCCAUUUUCCAGAGGCAGCUCUCUCCUCUGCCUGCUGCAGCACUGGCCAGGGGAGGGGUGGGCGUGUUCAGCACUGGUGCUGGAAGGGGAGCAGUGCUCGUGGCCCUCUCAGGAGGGUCCUGGUUGCUUCAGGGCCUUGCUUUUCCACUGGUUUGUGUCCACAAAGGAAAGACAUGCAGAAGGCAGAACCAUCACCGCAGCCCUGUACUCAGGAGUCCAUCAGCCUUCCCCACAGUGAAGGUGGUUAAACCCUUCAACUACUCUGCAGAACUCAGCACUACUGCAAAGGAGAGCAGCAGUUUAUCCGCAGGGGGCUUCUGACACAUGUUGCCCAUUAUGUGUCUGGAGGAAUCCAAGUGCUUAUUUUGUGUCUCUCCAAGUGUGGCCAAAGCCACACACACAGAGCCAUAACAAAUUUUUGCACUGUACCAAUAAAAACUAAUAACAUUAUUUCUUAGACAACUGUUGGGGAUAAAACUCAAUGCAAAGAAAAAAUCUAAAUAUAAAAAAUCAAGAUGCUGGUGCACACUGAUACAGUGUUUCUGCUUUUGAGCUCAGUUAAUGGUUUUUUUCU